AUAAAGACUUACAACAUGCCUCUGUGGUCACCGGUUUGUCGAGGCUUCAUCCUGCGGACCUGCACCAUGGCCGGGAUCACAGCGCUCCGCUGCCCCUUCCUGACGCGCCUCCCCAUCAGCUUCGUGCGGCGGGCGGGAGCCUCCCUCGUGCCGUACGCGGAGAAGUGCCCCAUCAUGGGCGACGUGAUGGCUCGACACAUUUCAUCCAUGAGUUCCGGAGAAGAUACGGAUGAAACGCUAGUUUGUCCCGUCACACGCGCUGAGAGCGAUGGAGGUCCCAGCAAGUGUCCCUUCCUGGCAGGCACCAAGUGCAUCAGGGAGGUUAACCCUGCCACCACCGAGGAUAUCCACACCAAGGAGCAAGACGGCCCGAAUUCUGAUGCAGCCCUGAAGAUGGCUGACCUCUCUGUGGCCAAUCAGCCGCAAGGAGACGGCAUACCUGAGAAAUGCCCGUUCUCUGGUGAGGUCAUCCGUCAGAUGGCUGCGUCUGCUUCCCCGCUGCCUGCGACUGUUCCCACGGCAACGGAUGUGCUGCCACCUGCGGCCGACAAGAAUGUGGAGAAAGCGACGGCCAAGAAAGUUGACACGCCGAGGGGACCCCUGAAAGGCGAUGGAACAUUCAACUACGACAAGUUCCUGAAGGGGGAGAUUGAGAAGAAGAAGAAGGACCACACCUACCGUGUGUUCAAGCGCGUGAACCGGCGUGCCCCGUUCCCGUUUGCCGAGAACUACAGCGAGGGGAGUCAUCCUGGGGAAGACGUGUCCGUGUGGUGCAGUAACGACUAUCUGGGCAUGAGCAGGCACCCAAAAGUGGUGGAGACCAUCGUUGACACGGUAAACAGGCGUGGUGCGGGUGCCGGUGGGACCAGGAACAUCUCUGGAAACAGCAUGUACCACGUGGAGCUGGAGAACGAGCUGGCGGACCUGCACCAGAAGGAGGCUGCGCUUCUCUUCACCUCGUGCUACGUCGCUAACGACUCCACCCUCUUCACCCUGGCCAGGGCUUUACCUGGAUGCGAGAUCUACUCGGAUGCGGGUAACCAUGCCUCCAUGAUCCAAGGUAUAAAAAACAGCGGCCAGCCCAAGUUCAUCUUCAAGCACAACGACCCCAUUCACCUGGAGGAGUUGCUGAAAAAGUCAGACCCUGCCACGCCCAAGAUUGUUGCCUUCGAGACUGUGCAUUCCAUGGAUGGAGCUGUGUGCCCGCUGAACGAGCUGUGCGACGUGGCACACAAGUACGGUGCCAUCACCUUCAUCGACGAGGUCCAUGCCGUGGGGUUGUACGGAACCCGUGGGGGCGGUAUAGGGGAUCGCGAUGGCCUCCUGCCCAAGAUGGACAUCAUAUCUGGGACCCUUGGUAAGGCAUUUGGCCUUAUAGGAGGGUACAUAGCGGGUUCGUCCCUCCUGGUGGACAUGAUACGAAGCUACGCUGCCGGCUUCAUCUUCACCACGGCCCUACCCCCCAUGGUGCUGGCCGGAGCACUGGCUUCCGUCAGGAUUCUGAAGAGCGAGGAAGGAGUGCAGCUGCGCCGCGGACACCAGCGUGCGGUGAAACUGAUGCGGACCAUGCUGAUGGAUGCUGGGCUGCCUGUGGUCCACUGCCCCUCCCACAUCAUUCCUGUCAAGGUUGGUGAUGCAGCGAAGAACACGGAUGUGUGCAAUGACAUGAUGACCAAGCAUAAGAUCUAUGUGCAAGCGAUCAACUACCCCACGGUGCCGCGUGGUGAGGAGAUGCUCCGCAUCGCCCCAUCCCCCCACCACACCCCCGAGAUGAUGAAGUACUUUGUGGAUGCCUUGGCCAAGGAGUGGAAGGAGCACGACCUGGCCUUCGAGAAGCACUCGGACGUGGAGUGUCACUUCUGCAAGAUGCCCAUCCACUUCGAGAUCAUGUCCGCUCGCGAGAAGGAGUACUUCGCCGACUUCGCCCAGAGCAACAACCGCGUGACGGCACAGGCCUAGCGCCACAGCUCGCCAUUUUCAGAUUGUCUCACUCGAUCGGCUUGCCCACGGCUAUUCUGUCCUUUCGAAUUAACUCACUACCUUCUUUCAACAUAUCAGAAACUUCAUGCUAUUUCUUCUUGUGGACCUUCUUGUGGAAUUUGAUAGUUGUGGAAGGUGUUAUUAUGACUAUGAGAAUCCUCGUAAUAAAGCUAUAUAUAUAUAUUGUAGAUAUAAUUUUAGUAAUUGUUUUUAAUCGCUUCAGCCUGAUGCAGGAUAAAUAAUUAUCUAGGUGCAAUGAAAAUAAAGGAUUCAGUUUAGCUGAUGGCUUGGUGAUUUUGGGAAAAAGCUCAGUAGCUUGUCAGUGAUAAUCAUGUCAUUAUUUACUCAUCAAUUAUGGAAAAAUAGAUUCAAGUCAUUUGUGACAUCUUUGUCUUGCACACAAUUUGCAUAUGCCUGGUGUAUUACAGUUAGUGAUCUGAAUCAGUAGGCAUGUAAGAUGUAAUGAAGGGUGACUGUACUAUUGGCUGAAAAUGAAUAUUUUAUUAUGAUAUUGAAAGUAAUCUUGUAGUUUUUCCUCAGCUUUCUAUCCUUUACCUUGGGCAAGUAAGACCAUAAUGUGACGGGAAAAAUCAUGUUCCCAGUUUCGAGAGUGGAACUAAUCUAGAAAACGGCGAUGGUGAUACAGUAACUGCUUCUUCUGCAUUCAAAUUCGUUUCCUGACAGUAAAAAAUAAUGAAAUGCCAUUUAGAUUUUGCAACAAAAUUUCCCACAGUACCCCCCUAAUUUCAAAAUAGAUGAACCCUUUAACUUAGUUUGCUCCUUUUGGAUAGAUUCACUUCUGGUAAGAAUGGAUUUCUGCUAAUGUAAUGCCCCCUUUGAAUCACCUGAGGAUCUCAUGGCCUCACCAAGGAUAUCAUGGCCUCACCUCUGUUUACCAAUCACAAGAUCCGGGCAUUAUCAAAUGUCAUCAUUCCCUUCCUGCACCGUGUCUCGAAUUAGAACAAAACACUCCUAGUUGGCAAAUAUUUGCGAUUUCAGGUUACCUUGAAUCGUGUGUGCCUUAACCCAAUAACCCAACACUAGCCGUGUAGAAUGAUGCAAUGUUGCAGGAAACAUGUUUGAAUGCAGAAGCGAUAGCUGCACCUGUCAGUAUAAAUCUGAGGGGCCUGUAGGCAGAAUGAAGGGGCUUCACAAGAUUUUACCAUCAUUGUACAUAAAUUUUACCAACAUUGAAGUAAAACUGAAGUAAGAUUCCAACCUUUUUAACUGCUUUAAACCUCAUAAAACAAGAAUGUAUUCAGUAGGGCUGGUAUUCUUGACUUUUACUGAAUACCUUUUGUUUUAUGAGGCUUGAAGAAGUUAGAAAGGUUUGGGACCAGUCGUAUUCAUUACUUCCAAACCCCUUUCUGCCUGUAUGCUCCGGACAAUUUAUGCUGACAGUUACGCAAAGCAAGGAACGGUUUCACAUUCCUAUAAGGACUCGGCCGAGAUCUGUUCGCUGCACACAGGUUCAUUCUGUUGGUAAUAUCAUUGCAGUGCAGAAAAUGCAGGCUUUGCAAGAAAGAAGGCCGUGGUUGUAGUGCAAACAUCAUGGGUCAAACAAAGUCAUUUCAGGAGUACUUUUUUGCCAUUGUUGAAAUUUGUGGUCCAUCCAUACAUUUGUACAUGACUGUUGUACUGUCAACAGGUUGUGGUUGUCUGAACAGGGCUGUCUCCAGAACCUAUCCCUCUAUCCAGGUAAAUUGUGUGUUGGGACAAAAAUUUCACCCCGUUGAUCAAAAAAAUUCUGAGCAUCUUGACAUAAAAUUAAUGAAAAUGUGUUUUCGUAAGCUUAAAAUGACAGAUUUAACAAAGAAAGUCAACAACAUUGCCCGCCAAGCUAUGAGUGGGAAAGGAAAAGAAAACCUGGCAACAGCCCUGCUUCUGAGAUGCCAAAAAUGAUACAGACACAUGCAGAACAAGAUUGUUUUGGAAAGAACACAGUAGUACAGAUGCAAAAGUACAUGUAUCUGGCACAAGCAUAUGGGAUAAGAACUUGCUUGCAGGAGCAUAGAAGACGUGUGCUGUUUGGAAGAUAUUGUUUGAGUUUGGAAAAGAAAACGUCCAAAAUGUACUGUUUUCUUGUAAUGAAAAUUGUACAUGAAGCACAGAUAUUGGGAUACGUGUUUGUGGAAGUAUAUUUUGGUACAAAGUAUUGUGUAUAUGUCACCCUCACAAAUGUCAACUGUAUCAUGUAACACCAGUCACAAAUACUCUCAAAAUUGGAAUAUUUUUAUGAGAAGAAAAAAAAAGAAAAGUAUUUAUGGUGGUGAAAAAGACAGCCUUAAAAUGCAGGUGAAUCUGCAGCUGGUGAAUGAGGUGCUGUAUUUCCCAGCAGAGUUUGUGAGAAUGUGAGAGGACAAAUUGUCUGCUGAGGAAGGCAGGCCCAUGCAAACUUGACAUCACAAUAAAGAAGGAAUGUGGAACUGAAA